AUAUUGGAGAUAAUAUGCGUCUGCCUCUGCACCUCGACCUUCACUUUCUACGUGUACAUCGUGAACAAUUUCACUGCAGGUCAAUUCAAAAUUUUGCACCAAAUGUUGGAGGUCUCUUACACUCUGCACCUUCCGGACGCAUCCUCCAAUCUAGGGGAAAGUGAUUUUCAAAUCACUUCCUAUGACGCUCGUACCAAUCUCGGAAACUGCCUGGGACGGUACCGGUUAUUGAUUUACUACAUAAAAACCAUGGAGAGUCUGUACAGUUUCACCAUGCUCACCCAAAAUUUCAGCUUCGUCUUCCAGAUGUGCUUCUGGGGGUUUCAAAUAAUGCUGGCGAGGAACGGCCUCCAGGUCCGUGACUAUUCUCAGCGUCUCAACAUCGAGUAUUGCACCAAGAGGAUCCUGCAGAUAUUCAUGUUUGCGUCGUUCUGCGACGAAAUUAUAAUCAGUAGCAUAGCUAAGCGGAAAGCAUUUAGGCAAGGAUUGCUCAUCUUGGUCUGCACAGCUCGUCACCCCUACAUCCUGACCGUCGGCGAGUUCUGCUCCAUGUGGAUGGAUACCUUCAAAUCCAUCCUGAGCAUGGCAGUGUCAUACUUCAUGGUCCUACGCCAAGUGAACGAAUCAAAAUCGGUGGACCAUUAA